CAACCCUAACCACAAACCAUGUAUCGCAUUAGAAGCAAAAAUCCUCACCUCGUGGACACUUCAGUCAUAUGUUCAGAGAGUCAACAUGGAGGUCUGUGCUCUUAACAUCAGGCUGUUGAUCUUUGUGUUAUUCCUGCUGGGUGUAAAUGUUCAAGAUGUGGAUUCACUGAUUCUCCGUCUUGAACCAAACAGACUGCAGUUCUUUAAAUACGAGUCUCUGAUCUUCCAUUGUGAGGGCUCUCAUGACCUGACUGGAUUGAAAAUUGUACAUCGGUCCAAAGGGGAAUUAGUGAAAUGUCAAACUACAGUGACAUCAAAAAGGUCAACCUGCACUAUUCCUAAUCUUUUUCCAGAGGACAGUGGGCAAUACUGGUGUGAGUCCGGAGAUGGGAAGAGAAGCGACAUCAUCCAUAUCACUGUUACUGAUUCACUGAUUCUCCGUCUUGAACCAAACAGACUGCAGUUCUUUGAAUACGAGUCUCUGAUCUUCCAUUGUGAGGGCUCUCAUGACCCGACUGGAUUGAAAAUUGUACAUCGGUCCAAAGGGGAAUUACUCAGAUGUCAAACUACAGUGACAUCAAAAAGGUCAUCCUGCACUAUUCCUACUAUUUUUCCAGAGGACAGUGGGCAAUACUGGUGUGAGUCCGGAGAUGGGAAGAGAAGCGACAUCAUCCACAUCAAUGUUACUGAUGGUCCUGUGAUCCUGGAGAGUCCCAUCAGUGUGGUGGAGGGAGAGGCUGUUACUCUGCGCUGCAGACACAAGACGACCUCUACCAAUCUCUCAGCUGAUUUCUACAAAGAUGGCCGCCUUAUCAGAAGAAGCUCUGCAGGAAACAUGAGCAUCCCCAGUGUUUCCAAACGUGAUGAAGGAUUCUACAAGUGUAGCAUCUAUGGAGGAAGAGAAUCAGCCGAGAGUCUGAUGGCUGUCCAAGUUGAUCCUGUGAUCCUGGAGAGUCCCAUCAGUGUGGUGGAGGGAGAGGCUGUGACUCUGCACUGCAGACGCAAGACAACCUCAUCCAAUCUCUCAGCUGAUUUCUACAAAGAUGGCCGCCUUAUCAGAACAAGCUCUGCAGGAAACCUGAGCAUCUCCAGUGUUUCCAAACGUGAUGAAGGAUUCUACAAGUGUAUCUCUGGAGGAAGAGAAUCAGCCGAGAGUCUGAUGGCUGUCCAAGCUGGUGAUGUGAUCCUGGAGAGUCCCAUCAGUGUGGUGGAAGGAGAGACUGUGACUCUGCGCUGCAGACGCAAGACGACCUCUACCAAGCUCUCAGCUGAUUUCUACAAAGAUCACCGCCUUAUCAGAAAAAGCUCUACAGGAAACAUGAGCAUCCCCAGUGUUUCCAAAUGUGAUGAAGGAUUCUACAAGUGUAUCUCUGGAGGAAGAGAAUCAGCCGAGGCUCUGAUGGCUGUCCAAGAGUCACACCAAGAGAUUCAUGCGUCCUCAGAUCUUCCAUUCAUCAUCUUCAGAAACGUUCUUCCUGUAGUAAUGAUGGCUUUGCUGCUGGUGCUGCUGGGAUGGCUCCACUGUGGGAAACUCCGAGGUAAACCCACAGGUAAACAACAGCACCUCGUGCACUCAAAUCGAGAUGGAGAUAGUGAAAUAAAGGAUACGACUGGAUGAACGACAAAGACAGACAUUUUCUUGAAAGUCUUGUUUUGUUGCCAGAAAUGAAGAGCAUCCCAUAAUGCUUCAUUCAGCUACUCAGCUGCUGUCUUCCAUGUGUUAUAGUGCACCUUGUUCAUUAUAUGUAAUGAUGAUCCACUUAUAUUCAGUGCAUGUUGUGCAAACCAAUGAAAACAUUUUUAAUCAGCUAAAAGAAUCCAAUCCAUAGAAAUGUUUUGAAAUGAGCAGAUCAAAGAAAAUGGCAGCCCUUCCUGUUUGACAUGUUUCACAUAUUUAAUUCACAUGUUGGUGAAUGUUCAACAGAUGUUCGUUCUUCUUCUGUAUAAGGACAUGAAGAUAUCACAAGUCAAAUCAUGCUGUGCACAGUUUGUUUCAGUGUCUUUCUAUAUUUAAUAUUCACAUCUGAGACCACGUCUUCUCUAACCCUGACCCACGAGCCACAACUCAUCUCAACGUUAUUUAUAGAGCACCUGUCUUACGUAAAGUCUGUGAGCCCAUAAUGUUUGUGUGAACACCGUCACUGUUACAAAAGGACCCGAGAUUAAAAUUGUCUAUAAAACCCAAAUCAUUUGCUGCCCAAGCAAUCAGCAGGUGCAGCGCGGAUCUUCACUUCCUGCUCAUAUCUGGAUAAAAUAUCGACCUAUAAUACAAAUAUUUGUGAUGGUAACAUGAACAUUUAAACUGUAAUAUUCCACUGAAUGUUUUUAUAUCAACAA